AACGGCCAUUAACUAACAUCAACGACCACCUAUCCUAAGUAAAGUAAGCAACCGCCGCCAUAACGCUGUGUUAAGGCUCCUCUCUUUCCUCACCAAUUUUCUGUGCUACCGCCACGAUAGUUAGCCACGUGUCAAAACAGCUACCCAACUCUUACCUACUCUUCUCCGUCUUCGAACUCUCAUUUCGAGCUCUGCAAUUCAUGUUUCAAUGGCGACGUACAACUUCGCUGUCAUCCUCAAGAACCCUCGAAACGAGGCCGAAUUCCUCCUCGUCAAGCAGAAACGACCGCCGCAGUUCGGCGACGAGGAGUAUGACUCUUUCGCCGAUUCCGAUCUCUGGGACUUGCCGUCGACGCGGUUGAACCCUCUAGAAGGAGAGUCCGAGCCUCCGAUUUCUAUUCAUGACGCGGAAUCGUGCUCGGAGAUGAUUGAAUUGAGGAAGUUCGAUGUCAAUUUGGCUCUCAAACGGGUUCUGGAACAAGUGGUUUUUGGGGAUGCUGAAUGGGGAAAUUGGAGGUUCUGGAAGUUCGUUGAAGAAGCUGAGUUUGGACCAGGGCCUCCUUUUCACACUCUUUUCAUUUUGGGACUUUUGGUGUCUGGGGAUCCCAAUUUACAAGAGUCAUGUAAGUGGAUGUCUGCACAAAGUAGUUUGAAUUGGCUUGUGGAUGUGAAACCAAAUGGUGACCGUAUAGGGCCUUUGGUAGUUGCUGGCCUUGUAAAUGACUCAUUGGAAGCUAAAAUAUGGAAAGUUCCCCAAAAUUUAAAUUAUCAGGAGUACCCUCCCGGUGUUACAAUUGUACCCAUGAAAAGUAGGACACUAAAACCAUUUACUACAACGAACUUGAUUGUAUUUGCACCUGAGAGUCCCUCAGCUGACUGUGACGAUGCUAGUUUUGUUGCUUCUGGGGAUGCAUUGAUAGUAGAUCCAGGAUGUCACUCCAAUCUUUAUGAAGAGCUCAAGGAUAUUGUUUCUUCUUUGCCCAAAAAGUUGGUUGUCUUUAUUACUCAUCACCACCACGAUCAUGUAGAUGGUUUAUCUGUUGUCCAACAAUGCAAUCCUAAUGCUGUGUUAUUAGCACAUGAAAAUACCAUGCGUCGCAUUGGAAAAGAUGUUUGGUCUCUUGGUUAUACUUCGAUUACUGGAAAUGAAGACAUUUGCAUUGGUGGUCAGAGAUUGAAUGUCAUUUUUGCUCCGGGACACACAGAUGGUCAUAUGGGAUUGCUUCAUGUCCGUACACACUCCAUUGUUGUUGGUGAUCAUUGUGUUGGGCAAGGAAGUACCAUCUUGGACGUCAGGUCUGGUGGAAAUAUGGAAGAUUAUUUCAAGACAACUUACACCUUUAUGGAGCUUUCCCCACAUGCUUUAAUCCCGAUGCAUGGGAGGGUUAACCUUUGGCCAAAGCACAUGCUUUGUGGAUAUCUCAAGAAUCGCAGAAGUAGAGAAAUUUCCAUCUUGGAAGCGAUAGAAAAUGGAGCACAUACGUUGUUUGAGAUAAUUGCAAAUGUAUAUUCUGAGGUUGAUCGUCGUUUUUGGAUUCCUGCUUCAUAUAAUGUUAGGCUUCACGUCGAUCAUCUGGCACAUCAAGAUAAGUUGCCAAAGGAAUUUUCCAUUCAGAAGUUCCAAAAAACGUGUGGGCUGCAUUUCUUUUCGCGAUGGGGUGUGGAGUACCUUACCAAUGGCUUCAAGUCAAAGUAUCACAAGUUAAGGACAUUGAAACUACUUAUAGCUGGCAUUGUGGCUGGUUUUGCUGUGCUUUACUCAGCUAAAAACAAGCUUAUUUUCAACAGAGAUGGAUAAAAGUAUAGCAACGUCAGUGUCAGUGAUCACAUACAGCAUAGUAGACUGAAACAUUUAUUUUACGCAAGAAAAAUUGCAAAAUUGGGUUUGGCUAAAUUCCAUCAUUGAUUCACAUACACUACGAGGUUACAAUAAAAGUCAAGAGUGCUUCACAAUAAUAAUGUAUGACGAGUAAGAUGUGAUCCUUUUGCAAU